AGCUCCAGGAGCAGAAGCAGCAGCAGCAGCAUCUCUUCCUCGCGUCUGGCUAGAACUCCUAUUCCUCCUCCUCCUGCUGCUGCUGCUGCUGCUGCUUCUUGGGAAAGUUUGCCAAGAUUGGAUGGGACGAUUCUUCGGCGCUUGAGUAGCAACGGGACUUUUUUUGCAAAGCAUCAACCGGGAGGCAGGAAAGAAAGGAAGAAAGACAAGGCAUCGGAGGCGCCGGAUCUUCUCUUGAGUCAAGAUGAGGAGCGUCAGGAAAGGACCCCCGGAGAGACCCAGGUCUUGCUGUCCAUUCAGAAUGCUGACAUGCAGCAAGUAGAGGAACUGGAUCGCUUUUCAAAGGCGUCUUCCAAGGGAUGUGACUUGGACUCCCCCUUGUGGACAUCAAUUGGAAUAAAACAUUCUCAGUUUGGAAAAUGGCUGCGAACAGCACACCACACACAGGCAUCUUUUCCUGUCAAGACAAAAAAAUGGACCCUGUGAUAUGUUCCCAUUAUAAUUACACUGGAAAGCUGAACCGAGAGAAAGAAACAGGGCUGACAACCAUUGCACUACUUAUCAUUUGCAGUUUCAUUAUCCUGGAGAAUCUGAUGGUGCUGAUAGCCAUCUGGAAGAACCACAAAUUCCAUAACCGCAUGUACUUUUUCAUUGGCAAUCUAGCCCUCUGUGACUUACUGGCUGGGAUUGUUUACAAGGUCAACAUAUUGAUGUCCGGAAAUAAGACCCUGACACUAUCUUACCGGAUCUGGUUUGUUCGGGAAGGCAGUAUGUUUGUAGCUCUGGGGGCUUCUACCUUCAGCUUAUUAGCUAUUGCAAUUGAGCGACAUUUAACCAUGAUCAAAAUGAGGCCCUAUGAUGCUAAUAAGAAGUACAGGGUCUUCCUGCUUAUUGGAACUUGUUGGCUUAUUUCAGUUUCCCUGGGCGCACUACCAAUCCUUGGCUGGAACUGUAUUGGCAAUUUAAAAAACUGUUCCACCAUUUUGCCUCUCUACUCCAAGCACUAUGUGGCCUUUUGCAUCAUCAUCUUCAUGGCCAUCCUGUUGGCCAUUGUAAUUCUCUAUGCUCGCAUUUACAUCUUGGUGAAGUCCAGUAGCCGCAAUGUCACUAAUCAUAACAACUCUGAGAGGUCUAUGGCCUUGCUUAGGACAGUUGUGAUUGUAGUUGGGGUUUUCAUCGCCUGCUGGUCUCCAUUGUUUAUCCUACUGCUGAUUGAUGUUGCCUGCAAAGUAAAAGAGUGUAGCAUUUUAUACCAGGAAGAUGGGUUCAUUGCCUUGGCUGUCCUCAAUUCGGCAAUGAACCCCAUCAUCUAUACCCUGGCAAGCAAAGAAAUGCGCCGGGCAUUCUUCCGUCUGGUUUGUGGCUGUCUGGUGAAGGCCAGUGCCACAAUGUCUUUGCCAAUUCAGCCCACUCCAGAUCAGAGUCGUAGCAAAUCCAGCAGCAGCAACAACACACAGAAACCAAAGGAAGAUUACCCACAGACUAAAGGCUCUCCAUGUAUAGCUGAAAAAAAUGAAUCUUCAUUUCAUAAUGGAAACUUCUGCAAAUGAAGUCAAUGAGUUCUACAAGCCAAGGCUUCUUCUCUGUGGGUUUUUGGACUUAUGGAGCCAAAUGGAAACCCUCUUAGUGGCAUUUCAUGCACUUAAAUUAGGGCAUAGGGUAUUCUCCAAUUUCUGAAUUUCCAGUGCCUAGACCUUGAGUAUUCCUUGCCCAAGAAAACCCUAUGAAGUUCAUGGGUUUGCCAUGUGGACUGAAAGGUGAUACUUUAAGUAAGUAAAUUGAUGAAUGGUUUGAAGACACAUAAACCGACAAAUGUUUUGCACAAGCCAUUUGAAACCAGAGUUCUACUAAGGAAACUUAUAAAUGCCACUUCAAGUCCUUACAAUGUCUGUGUAAAUUAAAAUGGGCAUAUUUUGUCAUGUCUUUUUCUGGAUACUGAUUGACCUCAAAUGUAUAUGCAUGAGAGAAACAAUACAGUUAUUUUAUACUGAUAUAUAACAUCCAAUCCACACCCAUGUAUAUGAUGCAAAUCUGUGUGAGUUUCCUGUGCCCCAUCUACUUCUUGUCUGCUUGGCCCAUGUACUGCCUCUCUUCCAGUGCCUUCAAACUCCUUGAUCCCCCUGGUUUCUAAAUACAAUGCAAUUCCAAGGAUCCAUUCAUGACAUCCUUCUGUUCCAAGCUCAUCUUUCACUUGCAUCACAGAAGCCGGACAAUUUGGCAACAUUCUGUGGCUCAGCAGCUCCUCCGCAGCAGCCACAAUAUUUAUGAAUAUUCUGUAAUAUCACAAUUGCACACAUUAAUGUGACACAGGGAUUAAUGCCCCUGAACAAAUGGUAGACAACAUUUUGCAUAUUAUGUAUGCGUAUAUGUAUGCAUACAAAUUGAAUAGCAGGAAAUGAUACUGUUCACACAGAAAGACAGGUACUAAGCAAACCAACAUAGUCCUUCCUGAAAUUAAUAGGGAGAUUAUUUCCAUUCUGCAUUUCCCUUAAUGUAGCUCAUUGUUCACAUAUUGGCACUUUGAAUAUUAUUCUGAGAUUUGUUAUUCCAACAGAUAAAUUUCAAGUGUCACCCUCUUUAUCUUUUUGUUUGUACAUUUAUUUUAAUAUGCCAAUUGUGUGGCAAGUGUUUACAUUAUCUGAUGUUAUAACCUUGAUAUGCUGUGUACGGUAACCCUCUGUAACAUAACAAGUACUGUGAGCGAGCAUGCUUCAAAUGAAGAAAGAUUUCACAAAGUUUUGGAGAAGGGAAAGCACAUGCUGUACCAAGCCAGUAUUCUGUUCUGCAGUUAUCAAUGCAAAUUUUCUGUAAGUGUAGCUAAAUAUGGCUGUUAUGACUAGAAGCCAAUUCUAUUUUAUUCAGAAAUUUUAAAUUGACUAGUAUACGUUGAGCAUCCUUUACCUAAAAAUUCCAAAAUACUCUGAAAUCCAAAAAUGUACAAAUGGGUGGCUGUGGCUGUGAUAGUGAUUCUUUUGCCUUCUGAUAAUUCACUAUAGACAAAAUUUACUUCAGUAUUGUAUAAAAUUAUGCAUAAGGUAUAAAUGAAGCAUCAAUUAAUAUGUUUGGAUUUCAGUCCCAUCUCCAAGGUAUCUCAUUACAUACAUAUAGAAAUGCUCCAAAAUCACAAAAUCAAAAAUGCUGGUCCUCUACAAUUCAGAUAAGGGAUAUUCAACCUGUAAUUACUCCGUUCAUGAAUAUUUUUAUUAUUAUUAAUGAAUGUAGUUUAGGGUGCAAUUUGGAAUUUCAUGUCUAUAUCAUGUAUAUACUUAAAAUCAAUACAUAUAGUUUUAUUUUA